AUGACUUCGAAUGUUUCGACUACACCGUCUGUGGGAUCAACCCCCACCGAUACACAUAAACGGAAUUCGGAUGAUAUUGGUUGGGAAUAUGGUUUUAUCCCGGAUAAAAGCAACUUGGAUAGAUUGAAAUGUAAAUUCUGUGGAAAAGUGUUUGGCAGAGGGAUUACUAGAAUGAAACAACAUAUUGCUCAUGUGAAGGGGAAUGUAUCUUCAUGUCCAAGUUCUACAAAAGAUGAUCAAUUGAAAUGUCGAAAUUCUAUUAAUGAAGGGAAGUUAAAAAAGAAAGCUAAACAUUCGCAAGAUGAAGCCUUAAGAUUUGAGGUAAGACAAGAAUUUCAUGAUAGCGUGGAUGGAGUUGAAUCUUCUUUAGGGUUGAAAGCACCAAAUGUUAUAGGCCCCAUGGAUGGCUACGCAAACAAAAUAAACCCCGAAGAAGAUUUGAACGCAAGAAAGGGAAAAAAUGUUGAUCUUAACAAUAUUGUCCGGAAAGAAAGAAUACUCACGGUCCAUAAAUACAUUAGUAGGUGGGCAUAUGAAAGCGCAAUUCCUUUUCAUGCUUUUGAAAGGGAUAGCUUUAAAAUGAUGUUGGAGGUUGUUGGCCAAUUUGGAACCGGGCUUCCACCUCCUACUAGAUAUGCUUUGAGUGACACACUUCUAAAGCAUGAGGUUGAAAGAACAAAAAACUUGUUGAAAAAAAAUGAACAAGAAUGGAAAGAGGAUGGAUGCUCUAUUAUGACGGAUGCCUGGUCUGAUCGAAAGCGAAGAAGCAUUAUGAAUUUAUGUGUUAACUCGAAGAUGGGUACUGUUUUUUUAUCUUCAAAAGAAUGUUCCAACGAAGCACAUACAAGCCAAAAAAUAUAUGAAUAUCUGGAGUCUUGCAUUUAA